AGCGGCUUGGCACAGAAGGCGCGCUCCAGCCGCACCUUCCUCGUCCAUCCCGAGCACCAAGACCCCUACUUUUACACCCAAGCCAAUGCAAGAAGUUAUAUCGCCCCCGAAGCCGUCUUCCUGAAGCUUCCUGCUGAAUCUCUUAUUUGGAUCAAUGUUCCAACCAAGACAUUUAAUCAAAUCUGUUCACCUGCUGCCUCUGACCCUUCGAUGAUGCUCCUCCUGCCUAUACUGUUCUACAUAUGCUUCCUGGCCGUUCCUGCCAUAGCCAACGUGGAAAAGACCAUCUUCACUGCACCCGACAGUACGAAUUUUGGAGAUGCUCGACCAAACUUGAUGGACUUGCAGCUUGAUAUUCUUUCAUCCAANAAACUCUCUGUUCGGACUGCUCUUCCUGCCAGCGCUACGAGCAANCCCACUGAUUUCUUCUUGGACACAUUUGAAGUUACGACCGUCUUUGACACCCCGGCUCUGCUGCAGGAUCUAAGCAGUUACGCCGAAGAGCGCCAGAACAUUCUGAUUGCAGACGAUUCUGGAGACUCGGGCCAGUUGACCACUGCUAUCAAACGAUCUGUUUUGUUCCUUCGCGUUCAAUCGGCUGCAAACUUCUAUACCAUCGACAAGGCCUUGAUGCAGCAGCCUCCUCCUGUCUACGUCGACAUCAGACUCAAGCUCGUAAUCAUCAACCACAGACCUUCAAUCUUGCCAACAAUGCAGUCAGUGAUCCAACAGCCUCCACGCUCUUUUCGUGGACUACCCACCGAACUCAUCCUUGAGAUCCUCAGCUACCUUGCUCCGGAUGCCCUCAUCUCGUUCGGAUUCGCCAACUACCAUCUGCUCGUCAGACACUCUUUAGCUUCUCUGCUGUCACCGACCACAAUGUUUCGUCUCUUCUACCAAGCAAGAAUACAUCUCAGAAACCGUUCAAGUGGCCCAAUGUCUCUGCCAUCGGAAGUCAACCUGCAGAUACUGUGUCGCCUCGAGCCUGCUGAUGCGCUGAACUAUGCCAUGGCUAAUUAUCUGGAGUUGGCUCGUCAAGGCAUCGCACCUCCAUUGUCUCAAGACACGCUGCGUCGCCUCAACCGUGCAGUUAGACGUGGACGUGGUUCAGACUCCAACACUUGA